AUGGCCAUGGAGGCUGACCUCGAGUCACCCUCACGGGACAUCGCGUCCUUGGAUCCAACGUCAGACGGCCGCCUGGCGGACACCCACAACGAGUCCCGCGAACGAAGCUAUCUGGACCCCGCAAACAAUACCACCUACGGCCCCUCGGCGCAAUCGAAUGCUACCUCGACCGCAUCAAACGCAUUGCGACCCUCCCUCGCGCGCGGUAAUAGCAACUUCCAUUACCACAUCCGCGCCCCCUCGACCGGUCUGACCCUCCAGACAGACUUCUCCCACCACCACCACCACCACCAGCCCCCGCCCCCCACGUCCACACUGGAGGGCAACGAGAACGAGUCGCUGCGGCAGUCGGCCACGGCGCCGAUUGCAAUCCAGGACCAGAGCUAUCUGAGGACUGCCUGGUCUUCCAACAGCAUUGGGUCGCUGUCACCCGGCUCCGUGCUCUCGUCACCCGCACUCAACGCCCUCAGCGACCUCACCCCGCUUCCUUCGCCGUUGGUGAUGAGCGACUCCCCAGGCCCAUGGCAACGAGCUGCUGUACCGCGACGCCGAUCGCGGGGCCUCUCAGGCGCCUCCCUCGGCGAGAAUCUCUUCCCCCUCACCAAAGGCACUCUAUCGCCGUCGGGAUCGCUCAAGAAGAAAGGAUACCAGAGGUUGCAGGAAGCUGCUAUUGAGGGCUCGCAUCAGAAGAACGAAGCGGCUCGAGAGCGCAACAGGAGCAUCAGUGAAUACACCCCAGACGCGUUGCACAACGCCCGCCCCCGUAAUGUCACCAUAGGCAGCGUGACGACCGAAAGUGACUCGGGCAUGCCGCACAUGCACCGUGAAGCCUACCUCGCGCCCCAGCGGGGCCUCGUCUCUGACCGGAACCCCGCGGGUCUUCCAACCCCACCCGCAAGCAAUGCUAGUAACAGAAGCGUCACAGACACCGAGGAAGAGGAUGUAGCGGAAGAUGACAAGACUGAGUAUAUCGUGGUGCGCCAAGGUCCAGAACGGACCAAGAAACUCUGGCGCCCUGUCCGUCUGCUCGGCCAAGGCACCUUUAGCAAAGUCUACUUAGCCACAUGUGAAAAAACCAAGGCCAAGGACCCGUUGGACGAAGCCACACUUGAUCCUCGCAAGCUCGUUGCCAUCAAAGUCGUCGAGCACGGUCCCGCUGGCGGUGCCGACGAAGAACGUGUAGAACUCAGCCUGAAACGUGAAGUCGAGAUGCUCCAAUCUGUUUCCCAUCCUUCCCUGGUUCAUCUACAAGCGUUCGAUCACGACGACGCCCAGGCCCUAAUUGUCUUGACUUACUGCCCAGGUGGCGACCUCUUUGAUGUGGCCAGCGACCACCGCGAUAAGCUCACCGUCGGCAUCGUCCAACGUAUCUUCGCCGAAAUGGUCAGUGCGGUGCGGUAUCUGCAUAACAAGCUCAUUGUGCAUCGCGACAUCAAGCUAGAAAACGUCCUGCUUAACAUUCCCAUCUCCACUGUGCCUAUGCUCAAAAACCCUCAAACCCAUCCAUACGCCAUAGCGACCCUGACCGAUCUCGGUCUCUCGCGCCGCGUCCCUGCUCCCCCAGAAUCUCCCCUGCUUACCACGCGCUGCGGAAGCGAAGAUUACGCCGCUCCGGAAAUCCUCCUCGGCCAGCCCUACGACGGCCGUGCGACUGACGGUUGGGCCCUCGGUGUCCUGCUCUACGCCCUCAUGGAAGGUCGCCUCCCAUUCGACUCACCCCCCGGCAAACCCGCCCGUGGUAGACCCGUGCACCGCAUCGCGCGAUGCGACUGGGGCUGGGUCAAGUUUGGUGACGAGGACGGCGAGUGGGAUGAUGUGAAGGGGAAAGAAUGGGCUGGCGCGCGCGAGUGCGUCGAAGGACUGCUCAAGAAAGUCAGCCGUGGGCGCAAGGGCCUGGAGGAGAUUGGCGAGAUGGAGUGGGUGCAGAGGGGGAUUCAGGUUGAGGGGGGCUUGAAGAGUAGGCUUGAGGAUGAGGGUGCGACGGCAACGACGACCCUUCCUUCGAGGUAG